AAAACACUUCCAAUGGCUUCUUCCAAUGAUUCAGCUCCGGAGAACAACAACGUCUCCGUCGUAGCUAGACAACCUCUACACCCACACACACCUUUUUUCUUUCCUCACACUCUUUCUCCUCGUACUUACUACUUCUCGGCGCCACCACAAAUUUACUUCAUCUCCGACGUAAAUCUCCCUCCUCCUCCAUCAAUAUGGGUGUAUUAUCCUCUUUGGUAUAUCAACUCUAACCCUAACCGGUAUGAGUCAAUACAAGAACUUCCGCAACCCUACUCUCCAACCCCUAGCCGAGAGCUGACUCUUCCCCCGACUAGUAGCAGAAGAGUUUUUGGUCGGAGAAGUCACGGUCGAUGUGGGAAGGUGACAUGGAGAAGAAGUAUCAAGCCGGAAGUUGAAUCGAACGGCGAACAUAUCACAACCGUCAUGCUUCGCAACAUACCCAACCGAUACACGAGAGAGAUGAUGAUUGAGUACAUGGAUAAGCACUGCGAAGAAGCCAAUAAAAGUGGGAAAAAUGAAGAAUUUACAAUCUCUGCUUAUGAUUUCAUUUAUCUUCCGAUGGACUUUAGGUAAGUUUUAAUCGUUAAUAUCUUUAUUACUAUUCAGAAGCAACAAAAUGAUGAUAUACAA